AUGACCACCGCUGCCAAGAUCCCAACCCCAUUCCUGGAAAAGAAAGCAAAGAUCGUAGCCCAGCUCGCGACGCCUGAUUCCGUCUACACGGACGCGUCGCCCAAGGGCUCCGUAGACAUCGGGAUACGCGAGCUCAUUGCCGAGAUCAACGCGCAGACCGGGCUCGUGACCACCAGCUCCUGCGCCGGACGGGUCAGCGUCUUCCUUGAGGGGAAAAAGUCCCAGCACCAGGCGCAAGAGGGCGGCGGUGAUGCGCAGCUUGCCGGGGUGGUUGGAGGCAAGGGAGGGGGUGGGAGGUGGCUGUAUGUGAGCCACGAGCCGUUUGGUGAUGUGGCUGGGACGAGCUGGCAGGAUGUGCUGUUUGGUGCCGACGGUACCGGUGAUGCGGUUGCUGAUGAGGCUACCGAGGAGGCGGAGGAGAGGCUUGUGCAUUUUAAGUUUGAGCCCAUGAUCCUCCAUAUCCUCACCGCUUCCCCAGAGCAUGCCCAGUCAGUUCUACGGUGUGGUCUAGAAGCCGGGUUCCGAGAGUCUGGAGCCAUCAACCUACUCGGCCAACAGCAGCAGCAGGCCACGCCCAUGGUCGCCAUCAGGUCCAUGGGCCUUGGAGUGGAGUCCAUCGUUGGCACGGUGGCCGCAGGUGGACUGCAGUGCCUAGUUACGCCUCAGUACCUAGCCAUGUUGGUUAGGAUAUCAAAUGAGAGGUUCCGGCAGAACGCUGAGCGUAUAGAGCGUUUUCGCUUGGCUCUCAAGGAUGAAUUUGGAGGGAAGAAGCAAACGGGCAAAGCUGGUUGGGAAGACGCGGUUGCGAGGAGGGAGAGGAAGAAGGCUGAGGGUUUGAGAAGGAGGGACGAGGUUGCCAAGGAGAGGGAGAAGUCAAACGCGGCAAAUGGAAACUCCGACAUGCUAGAUGAGCAGCCAAUAAUAAUACCAUAA